AUGCAUCAAUAUGAUCAAUAUACUAAUUAAAAGCCAAGGAUGAUCACUAAAUAAGUUACUUCUAAAAGUGAAUCAGCAUCCAGGCUAUCUGAAAUUUCAGAGGAUAGUGAAAGACAAAUUGUAGAUGAUGUUAGGAACAAAUCAAACACUCGCAACAAUUCGAGAUAACCAAGAUUAAUAAUACAAGAAUAAUAAUUAUCUCAUAGUGCUAAACUAACCAGUGAAUCUAUUAAUUUAAAAUAUCCUUUUAAAUUAACUAAAACAAUUGGUAAUUGUGCAGGUUAUAGCAAUUUUAUUAAAGCUUUAAAAACGGAAAAGAUUAAAAAGCAGUUUAUUAAUAAUCUUUUUACAAACUCAUAUGUUUUAUAGAAUUAAAAAAAAUAAAUUUUGAAUGACGAAUAUAUUAAGAAAGGAAACAAAUAAUAAAAUUUGGGUAAUAUGAUAUUAUAAUAUUUUAAGAAACCCUCUCUUAAUCUAGAUUUCCAAUAAUUAUGCCAACAAGUAUUGUUAUUAUUAUUUGGGAUGCUAUUGGAGUAAUACUAAAUUUAAUAAUUUUAUGGCUAACUCCUUUUUUAUUAUCUUUUGAUAGCAUGGAAAACUAUUUCUCUUUCAAUGUUAUCAAAUACUUAACAACAAUCUUUUUAAUAAGUGAUAUUUGUGUUUCAUUUAACAAAGGUAUCAUUGUAUAAGGGAUUGUGAUUAAAAAGAGAAAAAAACUAAUUUAAUAAUAUUUCUAAACUAAUGCAAUUACUGAUUUAACAAAUUUAGCUUUAUGGAUAUUAAUUUAAAAAAAUUUAAUAUCUUAUAAAAUUCUUGGAGAAUGCAUAGUAAUAUGUUAAUUAAUAGUUACAUUUUAUAAAAUAUAAAAAUACUUUUCAGAUUAUUUUUAAUAUGUAUUUGUUAAAGGUGUAUCUAGUUAUGUAAUGGAUUUAUUAAGUUUAAUAUGCUCAAUAUACUUUUUUGCUCAUAUAGUAGCAUGUUUCUGGCAUUAUGUUGGUGUUAAAUCAGGAGAUUAAUCUUGGUUAAUAAAAUAUGAUUUGGAACAUGAAGCUAUAUGGAAGAAAUAUAAUUAUGCAUUUUAUUGGGCUACAAUGACAAUGACAACAGUUGGUUAUGGAGAUAUUACUGCAUAAAGUUAAUUUGAAAUUAUCUUUGUUAAUGUUGUUAUGUUUUUAUCAAGUGGAAUAUUUGCAUAUUCAAUGAAUUCUAUAGGUAUGAUACUUAAAAAUAUAUAUGAUGGAAAAUUGAAAUAUAAAAGAUCUUUAUUAUAGAUGAAUACAUAUAUGAGCAAGAAUUGUGUUGAACCAUAAAUUCAAAGUAGAAUUAGAAAUUAUCUCAAAUAUUAUAUUGAAUCUGAAUAAAAUGAAAAUUUAGAAGAUAUUAAUAGACUUGUAGGGAUUUUACCACACAAUUUAUAAUCAGAUCUAAAUACUGAUAUCUAAAGAAAAGUCAUUAAUAAAGCAAAAUUAGUUAUAAACCAUUUUUCAGGUAAUACUUAGCAAUUAUUAUCAAAAAGUCUAGAAUUAGUUAAGUAUGCUCCUGGUGAUAUCAUUUAUAAAAGAGGAGAUAUUUCUGAUAAAAAUCUUUACUUUAUAAUAGAAGGGGAAGUAGAUAUAUAAGAUGAUUAAAGUAAAAUGAAAUUCUCAAAACUUAUUCAGCAUUAAUAAUUUGGUAUUUAUUAAUUUUUUACUGAUUUUCCUCCUAAAACAUCUGCUGUUAGUAUUGGAUUUUCUAAUAUUUAUAGAAUAAGUAGAAAUAAAUUUUUGGAAAUUUUAUAAUUUAAUAAAAGAGAUUUAGAAAUGUUUCAUUAUAUUAAAGAUUAAAUUAUUUUUAAUUCAAAUUAUAGAUUAUUUUGUAUGGAAUGUAAAUAUUGUGAUAGAUAAAAUCAUUAAGAAAUAGAUUGUCCUAUUUUAACAUAUAAACCAGAUAUUGAAUAAAGGAUAAAAAAGAGUAAUUUUUACCCUUAAAUUUAACAAAGACAAAAGAAGAGUAGAAUUGGUAGUAAACUAAAGAGUAUAAUAUAAUAAAAAGAAAUAUCCAAAUUAGUCAAAUCUUUUAUAGAGGAUACAACAGGAGCUGAAAUAUCUCACUCUUUAUAAGUUGCUAUAAUAGCCCAUAGAUCUAAAACUAGCAAUUAUUCUGAAGUUCAUAAUAUGGAAUAAAAGAGAUCAUCUUGUUUUGUAACUGAAGACUAAGAUCAAGAAUAAAAAUAAUAAUAUUAUGAUAGUUCUAUAAAUAGAAUUGGUAUUAAAGCAGAUCAAUAAUCCUAACUAGAAAAUUAACUUUCACAAUCUAGAUAAAUUAAUAAGGAAUAGACAAAUUUACUUAAAGAUUUCAAUAUGAUUGAAGAUCUAUACAUUAAUGCAAGAUGGUUUCCUUCAGUUAUAUAGUGUGAUAGAUAACAGUCUUAUGAAAAGUAUUAUCCCUAAGAUAACCUCGAAAAUAUUAUCAAAUCUUUAGAUAAAAAUAAUAUAAGAUAUUAAAGAAAAAUUGAAAAGCAUGUUUAGAAUAUGAAUAAAUAUACAUUCUUCUAUAAUGUCAAAAUCAAAGCCCUUAAAUUACGACUCUUAUAUUUAAAAAUCAUUAAUGUUGAAUGA